AUGGAACCGGACGUGGCGGGCCCUGACCUCUGUCGGGAAUACAACGUCGGGCAAGUGUGCAGUCGUGGGGAUGAAUGCCUCAAGCUGCACAUUUGUGCUGGCUACAUCGCCGGGACUUGCGAAGAAUGCAAGCUGAAUCACGACGUCUUCGAUCAGCAAUGCAAGAAACUGCUGAAGCAAGCCAACGUCCAUCUAAAUCGAUCGAGGAAGGAAUUGCGGACUUUCUUCAUGAAAAAAUGCGAUGUCGAUCUGAAAGAAAUCCUAAGGCAGAAGAAUGAAGUCGAUAUCAGACCACAAAUAAUGGGAAUGAAAAACACCCCACAACAUCAAACAUUGCCGAUAGAUUUUCGCGAAAAGGAGAUAGAAGCCUAUCAUAUUGGCGCACUCGUAAGAAAUUUCUACGAUUCAGGAGUGGAAAAUCGCAAUGAAUCGAAUGCAUUCCAAGACAGCGGGAUCACAGCGGUGAUUUGCUUCUUCUACAGAGGCACCAAUGGGAGGCAAUCCAUUUUGGAUGGUCUGAGAAGUCCCCUGCCUCUGAACCGGCAACCAUUCGUGGUAGCGCCUUCCCCUUAUGAGUCCCCAGAGCAAGUGCAGAUGCUGUUCGAAUGCCAGAGUAUCUUCCUUUAUUACAAAAGGGCUCAGGGGAUCCCAACAUUAAAAUACGUGGCAGCAGAAACGGUGGGAAUGGAAGGUCUGUGCGAGAUCGUAUUGAGUGAGGCAGGAGGGGCUACACAUCGAGUAUUUAUCCCUCCAGGAGAACCUUUCAACGUUCGAGUUCAGGUUUCGCCGAAUGGAGGGGAUUGCGAAGUGCAUUGGAACUGGCCUGUUGUUGGAGGAAACUAUGUCAACGGAAAUCCCACUUCAGCAUCAGUUCAACAAGUCUCCUUGGCCGACUUGGGGCAAGACCGAGGUGGGCUGGAAUAUGCGACCUCUGACGGCCAAGAUGCAAGAAAGUUGGUGGCUGGAAGAAUCGGUCCUCUUCGAAGACCUGCGGAGUAUCUGAAGCAGAAGGCAACUCUCAUUCGCCAUGGAUUGUAUCAAGUCCCCAUAGAGGACAUAAUGAGAGAUCCAGAUAAAAGGAGAGCCAAGUGUAGGCUGUCUUUCGACUCGACUCAUGAAGUCAUGGAAGAAAGAGUCAUCAUUCUCCUCGGGGCCUCUGGAGCAGGUAAGAGCACUCUGGUGAACGCAUUCGUCAAUAACUUCUAUGGAGUGCAGUGGGAAGAUCCCUUCCGGCUGGUCUUGAUCCCAGACACCGAAAGUGGCAAGCCCAAGGCGAAUAGUCAGACGUCCUGGAUCACGGCGUACACACUCCCAUGGCAGGAGGGAUGCCGAGCGCCGUACAACCUCACCAUCGUGGACACUCCUGGAUUCGGAGACACGAGCGGAUUAAAUGGCAAUUGUAUCUUGAGGCAGCUUCAUGGCUUCUUUUCCAAGAGUAAAGAUAAAGGCCUAAAUCAUCUCGAUGGGGUAGGCUUCGUGCUUCCAGCGUCCAAUGCCAGACUGACCCCAACUGAAAAAUAUAUCUUCCACUCCUUUGUUUCUGUCUUUGGGAAGGAUAUCGUCAAUAACAUAUACUUGAUGAUCACAUUCGCCGAUUGGGAGAUUCCGCCUGUUCUCGCGGGCUUCAAGGAAGGGAACAUUCCCUUUGUGGAAUUCUUCCGUUUUAAUAACUUUGCAUUGUUUGUAUCCAAUGAAGUGGAGCAAUCUGAAGAUUACCGGUUUGAUGCCAUGUAUUGGCACCUGGGGUCAAAGAGUCUUUCCGAUUUUUUCGCCAAGUUCCAGGAAUCCAAACCAGUGAGUUUCCAGAUGAGGAAGAACGUUCUGAAAGAGAGAUGGGCUUUUUAG